AGGUUUUCAGAAUGUCUGGUCGUGGUAAGAAGGUCCAGCAGAAGCCUGCAGCUGGCAAGUCCUCCAAGUCGGCUAAGGCAGGUCUCCAGUUCCCAGUAGGCCGCAUCCACCGCUUCCUGAAGAAGGGAAACUAUGCAGAGAGGAUUGGCUCUGGAGCUGGCAUCUAUUUGGCAGCCAUUUUGGAAUACCUGUGUGCUGAGGUCCUGGAGCUGUCAGGAAAUGCAGCCAGAGACAACAAGAAAUCUCGCAUCUUACCCAGACACAUCCAACUGGCUGUAAGGAAUGAUGAGGAACUCGCCAAGCUGUUUGAUGGUGUCACCAUAGCAGAUGGGGGAGUCUUGCCCAACAUCCAAGCUGUGCUGUUGCCUAAGAAGACCAUAAAAGGCUCUUCCUCACAAGUGUCCAAAGUUGCUGAGUCUCAGGAGUUCUGA